UAUACUGCUGCUAAAGUGUUGCAUGAUUUCAGCAGGCAACUUUCAAUAGUUUCAGUAUCGUGGCAACUUGUGGCAGUUACUGACGACUUUGUUGAGUGUGACCAAAUACGUGUAACGAAUACAUAGUGCCGCGUAGAAACAAAAGCAGAAUGUUUUCGCGCGCUAUGUUUAAUUUUUUUUCUGGGGCGUUGUUAAUAAUUGCCCUUAUUCCGGAUGCGGCAUCUUAUAACAAAUAUGGAAGAACCUGUAAGGACAUUGGCUGCCGUACUGAUGAAACAUGUGUAAUGGCCGAGGAUCCUUGUACUGACUAUACAGAUAAAUGUGGACGAUAUCCGACUUGCCGGAGGACAAGUGAUAUAAGUUGUACUAGUAUGGUUUGCGGAGAGAAUGAAUACUGUAAGAGCGAAAAUGGUGCACCGAGAUGUGUAAGAAAAUCUACAGGAUUUGCAUUACCUGCAGGACUAAACCAAGUGUCGCAUCGAUCAACAACAAGAGUGCCACCGCCGCCGCCUAGAUCUUCAUCGUAUGGAGGAAGAUACAGUGGUCAUUCCGGCUUCAGAAAUACUGUAGGUGAUGGCUCCAUUUUCAAUCGUUUAUUCGGCGACCGUCAGCCUCGACCGACUAGCUCUGUCAGAAGCACUACGCAAACAAGUGGAAACAAUUAUUACAAUACUCACACUCACAUGGAUAAUCAUGGAAACAGAAUUUGGACAUUUUCUGAGAAUAAAAUGAGGACACGAACAAUUCCAAAACGGCAAACUAGUUAUCCGACGGCAACCGAGACACACGGCUCUUCAGAUACUCCUAAAAAUUCAGACGACCAAUCGUAUCCUGCUAGAUCUUCUGAUUAUUCAUCCAGUUCAGGAUAUCCUGGUAGCAGUUAUCCAAAUUCCGGAUCUUCGAGAGUUUCUGAUUUAUCAAAUCAACCGCAAUCUGGUUAUCCAUCCAGCGGAUCGUCCGGUUAUCCGACUAGUGGAUCAUCCGGUUAUCCGUCCAGUGGAUCAUCCGGUUAUCCGUCCAGUGGAUCAUCCGGUUAUCCGUCCAGUGGAUCAUCCGGUUAUCCGUCCAGUGGAUCAUCCGGUUAUCCAUCCAGUCAAUCAUCUGGUUAUCCAAAAAGUGGUUCUGGUUAUCCAUCCAGCGGAUCGUCCGGUUAUCCGACUAGUGGAUCAUCCGGUUAUCCAUCCAGUGGAUCCUCUGGUUAUCCUUCAAGUGGCUCAUCCAAUUAUCCAUCUAGAGAUAGUUCCGGUUAUCCAAUAGGAUCUGCAUAUCCAAGUAGAACUAGUGAUUCUUCAGGAUAUCCAGAUAAUUCUAGGAAUUUUAAUGGCGAGGAGACUGUUAAACGAACCAGCGCUAGCGCUGUAAAUGCUGGUUAUCCGAGCAAUCCACGCACAUCCGCAUAUCCAGAAAGAAAUCCAUCAUACGGUGCUAACUAUCCGGCUCAAAAUACAGGAUAUCCGUACAAUAACCAACGUUCUCCAUAUCCUAAUCAAGGAUAUUCAAAUGGGUAUUCACAAAAUUAUCCGCAAGGAGGAUAUUAUCCGCCAGCAGGAUAUUAUCCCGAAGGACGUUAUCAAGGUCAAAAUUAUAUGACUACUACCAACCGUCCUGGCAUUCGAGAUCAAUUGACGAAUUUUGCACGAAAUAUGGCAGAGAAGGUGCUGACGCAAACGAUACUAGAUCGCAUCACAGGCAGACAUCAAUAAAAUAACAGUACUAGCAUUUUUUGCAUUCUAUAAAAUCUGAGUCAAAAUGAUUAGUUACAAAAAUAUUAGUUACAUGUAUAGAAAAUAGCACUUUCUAAAAUCUUUUUUUUUUCUAAAGAAUAUCGUUUAUAUAAUUUAAGAAUUUUAGGCAUUAAAUAUUUUAGCAAAAAUCUAGUCUUAAGUUAACUUUCAGGAAGCAGAUAGUUCAGUGAAAAAGUUAUCGUCAGACACAGAAGGUGUAUUAUACAUUUCUUUAUAUAUUAAAAAUUUUUAAUUUUCUUAUGUUAAUACAUAUAUAAAAAUCUUUUAUAUAGAUAUUAAAUUCUUUUAAAAUAUUUUAUCGUUUAUAAUUUGGAUUUUAAUGUGAUUUAUUUUGUUAAUAAUAAAUGGAAUAAUUUAAAAAA